UUUCAGGCGAAACUCUGAGGACACCGCUGUUGAAGAAGGCCCAUGACUCUGCAUUGUUCUCAGUAAAUAGCAAAGUCGCUGCCAAGUCGCCCGUUUUGGGGGGGUUGAAAGAUUUUCUUCCCCAUCAGAGAAAAAAAAAGAACACUGUUUUUCUCUUCUUCCACUGUGCAAUGAGUAUCAGUUUGGACUACUCUGGUUCCAGAAAGCAAGACACCAUGGACAACUUGGAGAAACAACUCAUUUGCCCCAUCUGUUUGGAAAUGUUUACUAAACCAGUGGUCAUCCUCCCGUGUCAACACAACCUCUGCAGAAAGUGUGCCAAUGAUAUUUUUCAGGCCUCAAAUCCAUAUCUACCAACCAGAGGGGGGACGACGGUGGCCUCGGGCGGCCGCUUCCGCUGCCCCUCCUGCAGACACGAGGUGGUGCUGGACCGACACGGGGUGUACGGGCUGCAGAGAAACCUGCUGGUUGAGAACAUCAUCGACAUGUACAAGCAGGAGUCCACCAGUGGCAGCAAGCCGGCCCCGGAGCGGAAGGUGGACCAGCCGAUGUGUGAGGAACAUGCGGAUGAGAAGAUUAACAUCUACUGCGUGACCUGUGGCGUGCCCACCUGCUCCCUCUGCAAGGUGUUCGGAAGUCACAAAGACUGCGAGGUCGCUCCGCUCAACAGCGUAUACCAGAAACAGAAGACGGAGCUGAGUGAUGGGAUAGCCAUGCUGGUGGGGAACAACGACCGGAUCCAGGGCAUUAUCAGCCAGCUGGAGGAGACCUGCAGGAUCAUCGAGGAGAACGGGCGGAGGCAGAAGUCACAGGCGUGCGAGAAGUUCGAUCACCUGUACUCCAUCCUGGAGGACCGCAAGGGCGAGAUGAACUUGAAGAUCGUGGCGGAGCAGGACGAGAAGCUCAACUACAUCCGGGGCCUACAGAGGAAGUAUGGCGACCACCUGGAGACCAUGUCCAAGGUGGUGGAGACGGGGAUCCAGACCAUGGAGGAGCCCGAGAUGGCCGUCUUCCUGCAGAAUGCCAAACCACUUCUACAGAAGAUCAGCCAGGCCUCAAGCACGGCUCACCUGGACAAAGUGGAGCGCGGGUACGAGAACAUGGACCACUUCACGGCCAGCUUCGAGAAGGAGGGAAGAGCUCUGCGCAACAUCGACUUCAUCAAAGAAGAGGACGAGGAUGAGGAGGAAGACGAAGAUGAGGAAGAGGGAGGAGAGGAAGGCGCAGCUGCCGCGGGGGCCCAGCCGGAGUCGGCGCAGGGUGCCGGGGGGGCGGUCCCUGGUGCGAAGCCCCACCCCCAGCCUCAGCAGAAGCAGCCAGCACCCCCUCAGCAAGCCCCGCCCCAACAGCCACGCAGCACAGCCGAACCUGCCGCCGCCCCUCCCCCCCAGGGCACCGCCCAGCCGGCCGACGCCCCGGCACAGGGGGUUCAGGAGGCCGGGAGAGGCACCGCGGACCCCUUGCUGUACCCCGGCUGGUACAGGCCCCCGAUUGGGCGGCCGGGGGAAGGUGUGGCCCAGGGGCAGGUGCCGGUGUCGGCGCUAGACGAGGGGGGCAAGGAGAAGGCGGCACAGACCGAAGGCCGGGACUCAGCCAAAAAGGAGCCUAGCUCCACAACGUCUUCCUCUCAGGGGUCUUCUGAUAAUGCGGCCGGAGGUCAGGGAGACGGCAGUCAAAAUCCAGAGGACAAAGGCGGAGAAGGACCGCGGCACGUGUUCUCCUUCUCCUGGCUCAACACUCUAAAAUAGAGUCACUUUUUACCCCAGAC